AUGGACUACGCAGCAAAAGGUGACGAGGCUCUCGCCCAAUCUAAUGCCCCUCUCGCUUUCGAACACUUUACACGCGCCCUAAUUCAGCAUCCCCGCUCCCCGCAAUACUACAUCCAACGCGCCACCGCCUGCGGACGGCUGAAGCCAGAGCAUGGCGGACCGAAUUCCAGUCUCGCCCUGCAUGACUCGGAGAUUGCCCUCGUCCUCGCCGUCGAACGCGGCAAGCGCGAGCUUAUCUUAGCGGCGCAGUUCCGUCGCGCGGUCUCGCUUUUCCAGCUUGAGCGCUACGGGGACGCAUCAUACCUUUUCAAGCUGCUGGAAGAGAAGACGGCCGUGACAAAGGAUGUUCAGGAUGAAAGCAAAGAGUCCAAGCUUCAGACUGCUAUGAAGGGUGGGAAGGGUAAGAUGUACGAGACCCAGUUGCCCAUCUGGAUGAUGAAGGUCGAUCGUAAGAUGAAGGACCUUCCAGAGGGCGAUGUCAAAGCCAAAGUCUCUGUUGUUGAAUACCCAAAGAAUGUCGAAAUUCCUAGUGAGGAACAAUUGAAGGCCGAGUUGGCUGGAAAGCUUGGAAAUUCAGUGUCUACCCUCAAGCAGUCGGUAGAAACUACUGCCGCUUCAAGCGAGACGAACGAGACUCCGAAGCCCGCGACGAGCUCUGCUGCUCCCUCUGCACCUGCUGUUCCGGAGAAGGUCCGCCAUGAGUGGUACCAGUCCCAAGACUCUGUUGUCGUCACACUCUAUGUGAAGAACGUCCCUAAGGAUAAAGUGGAGACUGACUUGAAAGACGACUCGUUGUCCCUCCAGUUCCCUCUGCCCUCAGGCUCCUCCUAUGACUUCACUCUCGACCCCCUCUACGCCCCCAUCGACGCCUCCACGUCGAAAGUGUCCGUCAUGGGCACCAAAAUCGAAAUAAGUCUCCAAAAGAAAACACACGGUCAAAAAUGGGGCUCACUUGAAGGCUCCGGCGAAAGCGAGAAGCUCACUCAGCGUUCUACUGCCUCGCCGGUAUCCGCCGGCCCCUCCUAUCCGACUUCAUCUCGCCACGGCACUAAGGACUGGGACAAGGUCGCAUCCAACCUCACCAGCAAGAAACCCAAGAAAAAGGACGGGAAAGAUGAUGGUAAUGAGUCCGACGAUUCGGAUGUUGGCGGCGAUGCCGUUGACGGAUUUUUCAAGAAGCUGUACAAGGGUGCUGACGAUGAUACCCGCCGCGCUAUGAUGAAAAGCUAUAUCGAGAGUAACGGAACUUCGCUGAGUACCAACUGGUCUGAAGUUGGAAGCAAGACGAUGGAGCCUCACCCUCCCUCCUAG